AUGAAUCAGUCCUCAAGUCUUCCAAAUACCAAACCUCUCACAUCACGUCAAAGAAAAGAACAAGAGAAGAUUGCGCGACAAAUCGAAAGAACAAGAAAGAAAGAAGAAAAAGAACGAGAAAAAGCCGAAAGAGCAGCACAAAGAGAGAGAGAAAGAUUAGAAAGAUUAGCUAGAAAACAACAAGAAUUUAAAGCAUUUCAAAAAGUCAAACAAGAAAGAUUACUUAAAGCUGCUAAGGCUUCGGCUGGAAAACUGUCUAAAGCUUCUGGAUCUCAUUCAUCUGCUGUUCCAUUUCGAAAAAUUAAAGUCGAUGCAAGAAUUGAAACUGUUCGAAGACUUAUCACAUCUACACCGACUGGUGAACUUUACGUUCAAAGUGCGACUGAUUCACACGCAGUAGCAUCCGAUCCUAAUGCUAGAUGGUGUGAAACUAAGACCUACAAGGGUGUUACUUAUUUAGUCGAAGACGACGAGUUAACUCUUCCUGAUGACCCUAAGGGCGAUCUGAAAGUUACCCCAGAAGGUGUUCUACUUGGGGAUCGACAGUACAAAAUUCCCACUUUCACUUCAAAAGCCAGAGCGAACCCAAAUAAACACUUUGUCCUUUCAAUUGAUGCCGCUCGAGCUGCAGGCUACAGGGAUUCUCUUUAUUUCUUCAGGCGCAAUCCUUUGAUCCAAAAACUUCCGUGCACGCAGGAUGAAAAAGAUGCACUCAUUGCUGCUGGCUUCUUGUCUGGUAAUUUAAAGUCACGUGCAGUGACUAUGUGCUCAGCUCGGAACGCAUUCAAAGUGAUGGGCGCCAGAUUCCUGAAAGAUAUUGACCAUGCACUCAAUUCCAACCAAUCCGACGACCCUGAUACAGACGGUAGACUUGUGGUGGAUGACUAUUAUGAAGAUGCGGCUCUUGCUAGUGGUGCUGCGAUAGGGGAACCAGCCAUUGCGGAUGGACUUGAGCCGCAAGAUCGAUCAGCUGCCGCUACUACCGACGCCGCAGGACAAGAGACAACAUCGACCUCCAACGUGAAUCCUCCAGUACCUCAGGAGCCAGUCAAACUCAAAGCAGCUCAGAGUGCCUUUCGACUUGCUCUUAAUAACCCUAACCCAACCAGCGCCGGUGCGGGAGGAAGUUUGGUAAAAACCAUCUUUGGUGGUGAUGGUCGUCCUCCUUUUGGAUUUGUAAUUACGGAUCCCAAGGAUAGAAAACGACGCCCAGCACCUAACUUGACCUCUAAGAAUUGGAUGUUACAAUAUUGCCGAGCUAUAUCUGAAAUGAACCGGCACCUCAGAUCUCUUCGUAACGAAAGAUUACGCCCAUUCCCAACGCUUGGCUCACAUGAACUUGAUUCGAAUCUAACCUUCAAAAAUGGAACGGAACCUCAUCCAGAUGAUAUGGAAUGGCGUGAUGUGGAAGUAGAUAUGCGACUGAAUACAGAAGGGCGUAUUUUGGAGUCUGGUGAAGAAUCGGAUGGGAAGACAGAUGAAGAGGAAGAAGAGAAAAGUGAAGCAGAGGCCUCGACACCCGUACCCCCUCCUUCUACUACAGGACCUGCGUUAUCUCGUAUCACUAAUGCUCUUCCACCUGAUUCGAUCAUCACCGUCUUUGGGUUGGAGAACGCGUCCAGAACGGUUGACAACAAUUCAGAAAGGCACAAUAUUCUCUUGGGGCCUUCAAAUGGAGCCAACUCUAGCCGGGCUCAUUCACCUGCAUUUGGGGGUCACAACCGAGCUCGCGCUCGGUCACCACACAAAAGAAUGACCAAGGCGCAAAUGAAGAAGCCUAAAAACCAAUGGUGGACGACGACUGUGAAAGUGCGAGAGCUGAUGCCAAAACAACCUGUGAUGGGCUUAUUAGAUGUACAUAGCGGUAUUCCUCAUCUACGUCGAGAUAUGCAGUCAACAAAGGCUUUGGUAGAAAAACUAGAAGAUCAUCCAGACCUCAACCUCCGUAGCAAGAAGCGCAAACAUGAAUCUGCAACAAAUGAAAUGGAUGGAGUAGAAGAGCUGGAAGAGAGUGAGAAUGGAAUGAAAGGUGUGGUGUAUGAGGAGGAAGAAAAGAAAAGGAUUUGCAAGCUUCCAUUGGUUACAGUAGAGACGAUUAUGACCGAUGAACUUUGUCCUACUCGACCUCCGUUGAUACCUGGAAUGUGGGAUUUUAGGACGAGUGAACUUUUAGAGAGUGUAAUGUAG